AUGAGCUACCGGCUGAGCUACGCCACGCUCCUCUGGCUGUCACUGUUUGCCGUCGUCGUCUACGGCUUCGCGGACCGCUAUGGGGAGCGACACUGGCGGGAGGACACGACCACAACCACCACAACCCCCAAGCCUGAUUUGUACCUGGAAACCGCCCUCCAGAUUGUCGCGUCUAUCGUGGGAUGUAUCUGCUGCUACGGGCCCUGCGUACUCAUUUGCCUGAUCGUCUACUGCUGCGCUAAGAUGGGCGCUGAAAACGCGAGACCGCGUACGGUGCCCGUGAUGUCGCCACAGCCCCCGCCGGCAACUCCCCGCCCGCAGACCGUC